GGCUCCCAGGAUACAGGGCGGACCGGCCGGGCGCUAAAGGCGUUCACGCGACUGCGGCGGCGCUGGGCAGGGGCAGCUUGGGAGGAGCGGCGGCGGAGGCAGGGCCGGGCGGGCGCCGCCUGCGGGGAGCACUGGGAGGCGGGCCCUGCGUGGGGCCGCGCGCAGCAGCGGCGACUUUAUCCGGGCCGCGGGGGACAGCGCAGGGCCAUGGAGGAGGCGGCCGCAGCUCCGAUUUCUCCGUGGACGAUGGCAGCCACGAUUCAGGCCAUGGAGAGGAAGAUUGAAUCGCAGGCUGCUCGCCUGCUUUCCCUAGAAGGUUGAACCGGGAUGGCCGAGAAGAAGCUGGCUGAUUGCGAGAAGACAGCCGUGGAGUUCGGGAACCAGCUGGAGGGCAAGUGGGCCGUGCUGGGAACCCUGCUGCAGGAGUACGGGCUGCUGCAGAGGUGGCUGGAGAACGUGGAGAACCUGCUGCGCAACAGGAACUUCUGGAUCCUGCGGCUGCGCCCGGGCAGCAAGGGCGGAGUCCCCUAAGGUGCCUAUAACAUUUGAUGAUGUGGCUGUGUAGUUCUCUGAGCAAGUGUGGGGCAAGCUGGAGGACUGGCAGAAGGAGCUCUACAAGCACGUGAUGAGGGGCAACUGCGAGACGCUGGUCUCUUUGGACUACGCCAUCUCCAAGCCCGAGGUCCUCUCCCAGAUUGAACAAGAGAAGGAGCCCUGCAACUGGCGCCGCCCUGGCCCCAAGAUUCCAGAUGUUCCUGUGGACCCCAGUCCAGAUGCAGAAACUGAGGCCCAGCAGAGAUUGAGUAACUUAUUCGAGUUGUCACUCACCUCACAUGCUCCAGCAAGCAUCCAGGAGGGCCUGCCUCUUGGAAUAGAAAUCAGACAUCCCACAGGAACUUCUGAGGUUUUCCCACUGCUGCCAGAUGUAUGCAAGGAACACGUGAUCUUCGUAAUUCCAGAGCGGGGCAAACUGCUUGGCACCUCUUCAAUAGGUGACAUUCAUAGCUCUCCAGCUUCCUGCUCUGUUUGUUCUGGCUGCCCUGGAAAGCCUGCUGCUCAGCCCAUGCCCCGGGACUUCCUCCACCCUCACCAGGACAUUCUUUCCAUCUCUGUCUCCUGUGUGCAAGUCCCUUUUUCCUGGAUUCCGUGUCUUGAAUGUUUCUUAAUUUACUUCCUCAUUUUGGCAGAGGAUGUCCUCCAGUUGUUUUCUGCGAAUGUUAAGAAACGUCUGUGUUCUAAAAGUCCUCAGAGAGUGAAAAGGUGAGUCACAUAGCAGGAGGAAGAGGUUUGUGAAUCAUUGUAUCAGCCAAGGUAGAGUAAGAAAUCAGAAACUACACUCGGCAUUUCAACAGAAAGAAUUGAUUAUAAAGUAUUGGUUAAAUAGGCAUUCAUGAAAUGGAAAGGCGAAGAGAACCCCAAGGUGAUGCAGAGAUAAUAACGCCUGGAAGCAGCUUUCUCCUUCUAGUUUUGAGAGAAAAAGUGAAGAGGCUGCAGUUAUCAGAAUAGAGAAGUGUGGAGCAGGGGCUCUGAAGAGUUGGACCUCACACUUGUGAGGACGGGGUGCUGCCCAGCUGGUGCCAGUGACUCAGGAGCUCAGAGGGUGGGCCUUCCAAGGUAGAGCACUGCCAAUGAGGGUGGUUCCAGGAAUGCCAUAAGAAAGCUGGUACUAGACCCAGUGCUUCCAGCAUUAAGGGUCAUUGCUGGAGCUGUGCUGAUGGGAACAACAAAUGGAACAAAAGCGUGUCCCAUUCUUCUCUUUCUGCCUUCCCAUCCUCAUCUAUUGCUUCAAUCAGCAGAACCUGCAGGAAGCCAGCAGGUACAUGAGAAAUGUAGUUUGCAGAGUGCCACAGCCUCAGUAAGCAGGGUCAAGAAGGGUGGGUUCAGAGCUAAGAGACAAUAUAGUUUAAUUUCUGGCACAACCAGGUAAUCAACAAAGGACUUCUAUCCAGAAUACAGACUAUAUUGAUAAGAAAAUAGCCAAAAGGAGAGGAGAAGAAUAAGCAAAGAACUUGACGAGCAUUUCUUAGAAGUAACAGGAAAGACCACUAGACAUAUACAAAAUGCUUAACCUCAGUGGUAAUCAGGUAAAUGCAAUUUAAAAUGGAAUACCAUGUUACAGCCGUCACCAAAUUGGUAAGAAAUUAAAUUUCCUGGCACUCCAUGGUGUCAGAGUACAUUUUCUACUCCAAUGAUGUAAACCAAUGAGAGCUCUUCUACACUGCUGGUAAGAGCAUGCACCUGUAUAACUUCUUUGAAAAACAGUUUAGCAUUAUUUAGUAAAGCUACUCAUACAUAUACCAUCAUUUCUCUCUUGGGCAUAUGCCCUAUAGAAACUCUUCUACAUGUGCAGCAGGAGACACAUUCAUAGAUGUUCAUACUCUGUAUGAUUUAAAGCUUUUAAAACAUUCAGACUUUUUUAUGGCCCAACAUAUGGUCUAUGUUGGUAAAUAUUCGAUAUGCACUUGAAAAAAAUGUGUAGUUGUUGGAUGUUGUGUUACAUAAGUGCAAUUUAAAUAAGUUGGUUAAUAGUGUGGUUUAAAUCUAUAUUCUUACUGACUUUUUUGCUUGUUUGUGUUACUUGUUACUAAGGAAAGUACUAAAAUCUCCAGUUAUAAUUGUGAAUUUGUCAAUUUUCUUUAUGCUUCCCUUGGUUUUUGCUUUAUGUGUUUUGGAACUCUGUAAUUAGGCAUGUACACAUUUAAGAUUCUUACAUCUUCUUAAUGAAUUAACCCUUUUGUUAUUAUGAAAUAUCCAUCUUUAUCACUGGAAAUAUUUCUUUUUUCUUUUUUUUUUUUGAGACAGAAUCUUGCUGUGUUACCCAGGCUGGAGUGCAGUGGCGUGAUCUUGGCUCACUGCAAGCUCUGCCUCCUGGGUUCAUGCCAUUCUCCUGCCUCAGCCUCCCGAGUAGCUAGGACUACAGGCGCCCGCCACCACACCUGGCUAAUUUUUUUUUUUUUUUUUUUUUUUUUUUUUUUGUAUUUUUGGUAGAGACUGGGUUUCACCGUGUUAGCCAGGAUGGUCUCAAUCUCCUGACCUUGUGAUCCACCCGCCUCGGCCUCCCAAAGUGCUGGGAUUACAGGUGUGAGCCACCACAGCCAGCCAAUAUUUCUUAUUAUAAAGUCUACUUUGUCUGAUAAUAUAGCCUCUCUAGCUUUCUUAUAAUUAGUGUUUGCAUAGUCUUUAUUUUUGUAUUUGUUUACUUUUAACUUAUCUGUAUUUUUAUGUUUAAAAUGCAUCUCAGCCUGGACAACAUAGUGAGACCUUGUCUCUUAAAAAAAAAAAAUACAAAAAUUAGGCCGGGAGCGGUGGCUCACGCCUGUAAUCCCAGCACUUUAGGAGGCUGAGGCGGGCAGAUCACGAGGUCAGGAGAUCGAGACCAUCCUGGCUAACACGGUGAAACCCCGUCUUUACUAAAAAUACAAAAAAAUUAGCCAGACGUGGUGGCAGGCACCUGUAGUCCCACCUACUCAGGCAGCUGAGGCAGGAGAAUGGUGUGAGCCCAGGAGGCAGAGCUUGCAGUGAGCCGAGAUUGCGCCACUGCACUCCAGCCUGGGCGACAGAGCAAGACUCCAUCUCAAGAAAAAAAAAAAAAAAAAAAAAAAGCCAGAUGUGGUGGCAUGCCCCUGUAGUCCCAGCUACUCAGGAGGGUGAUACAGGAGGAUUGCUUGAGCCUGGGAGAUUGAGGCUGCAGUGAGCUAUGAUCAUGCCACUGCACUCCAGCUUGAGUGACAGAGCGAGACCUUGUCUUAAAUAAAUAAAAUGCAUUUCUUGAAAGUAGCCUAUUUAACAAAGAAAUGGAAUCAACAUAGGUGUUCAUCAGUGGUGGAUUGGAUGAAGGAAAUGUGGUACAUACACAACAUGAAAUACUACACAGCCAUAAAAAGACUAAAAUCUAGUCCUUUGCAGCAACAUGGAUGCAGCUGGAGGCCAUUAUCCUAAUCAAAUUAAUACAGAAACUUUCCUACUGCAUGUAUUUAGAAUCUCUGUUAAUAAGGGGCAUCAACUUUUAGGAUUGUUAUGUUCUCUUGAUCAAUUGACUCCUUAUCAAUAUGGAAUUACUGUCUUCAUCUAUGGUAAUAUUUGUUCAUCUAAAAACCAAUUUUUGUAAUGCUAAUGUAGAUAAUCCAGCUUUCUUUUGAUUACUGUUAGCAUGCUAUAUAUUUUUAUUUAUGUUUUUAUAUUAAAAGUGUAUUUCUUUGGGGCAGCAUGUAGAUGUUUGAUUUUUUAAAAUCAAAUCUGACAAUCUGUCAUUUAUAUGAGUGUUUAGACCAUUUACAUUUAAUGAGAUUUAUGACAUAGUUAAAUUUAAAUAUAUUAUCUUUGUACUGUCUGUGUGUUUCAUGUGUUUUUUAAUUCUGCUUUUCCUCAUUUCUACCUUCUUUUAUAUUUAUUGAGUGUUUUUAAAUGAUUUCAUGUUCCCUCCUUUGUUAUCUUUUUAGCUACAACUUUUUGUUGUGUUAUUUUAGUAUUGUUUUAUGGUUUAUACUAUACGCCUUUAACUUAUCUCAGACUGUCUUCCAGUGAUAUGAUACCAUUGCAUGUUUGGGAACUUCACAAUGUUAUACUUCAAUUUCUCCCCUCCCAAACUUUGUGUUAUUGUUAUUGUGUAUUAUACUUUGAUAUGUGCUACAAAUAUUACACUACAUUGUUAUUAUUUUUGCUUAAACAAUUGGUUAUCUUUCAACAGAUCUAAAGUUUAAGAAAAAGUAUAUAGAUGUACCCACAUAGUUACCAUUUCUGAUGCUCUUUAUUUCUUUUUUAGAUUCAUAUUUCCACCUGGUAUCUUUUUUUUUUAGAUGGAAUCUUGCUCUGUCACCCAGGCUGGAGUGCAGUGGUGUGAUCUUGGCUCACUGCAACCUCCACGUCCUGGAUUCAAGAGAUUCUCCUGGCUCAGCCAUUCUAGCAAAAGACCAAAUAUGCUGGGAUUACAGGUGUGAGCCACUGUGCCUGGCAUGGUAUCGUUUUUAUUCUGCCUAAAGAACUUCUUUAACAUUUGUCUCACUGUGAGUCUCCUGGUGGUGAAUUCUUUCAACUUUAUUAUGUCUAACAUGCUUUUAUUUCACAUUUGUCUUGAAAAGGUGUCAUUUUGGGAGGCCGAGGCAGGCAGAUCAUGAGGUCAGGAGAUUGAGACCAUCCUGGCUAACAUGGUGAAACCCCAUCUCUACUAAAAGAAAUACAAAAAAUUAGCUGGGUAUGGUGGCAGGCGCCUGUAGUCCCAGCUACUUGGGAGGCUGAGGCAGGAGAAUGGCAUGAACCUGGGAGGUGGAGGUUGCAGUGAGCCGAGAUCAUGCCACUGCACUCCAGCCUGGGCCACAGAGCGAGACAACACAAAAAAAGAAAAAAAAGAAAAGAAAAGGUGUUUCUGCUCAGUAUAGAAUGAGGUUGAGAGUUCUUUUUCUUUUACUAUAAAGAUGUUGCUCUACUGUUUUCUUGCUUGCAUUGUUUCCAAUAAAAUAUUUGUCAUUA